AUGUCGACAUUUAACCCAGAAACCGCUGAAAACUUGGAAGACCUCGAGAAACAAUUUGCCGUUGUUGCGGUAGAACAGGCAGAAACUUACUGGAACCUGAUCACAAAAGUUGCCGGCUCCAAGCUUCGUCUAACCAAACAUGACGACGAAAUCUACGAAAAGUUCCAAGAACAUUUCCCCGAGUACAAGGACCUUAACAGACUCAGCAAAUUCACAGAAGACGAGCUGAAAACCAAGGAGGCCAAGGAAAGAUGGAGAAAGUUCAUCAAACUUUUCGAAGAAAAAAUCGACGACUUCAACUUUGGCACUUUGCUCAGAACAGACUCGUCUCAAGAGUACGGCCAGUUCAGCACUUGCUUUGUCGUGAGAUUGCAGUUCUACGCUUUUGAAAUUGCCAGAAACAAGAACAAAUUGAACGACUGGGCUGUGGGCCAUCAGUAA